AUGUCACUCCAACAGCAUAAAGAGCUGUGUGAGCAGGCAGACGAACUCAGGACCAGUCUCCAAGACUUCAGCAACUUGGUGCGUACGACGUCUACACAACUGAACUCUUUCAACAGAUUGGCUUUGAAACAAGCCAGUUUCUUCAUGGCUGCUCAUUCCAUUUUUGAGGUGGAAACCAUGAAGUCUGUGGAUCCACAGCCAAGGUUUGUUGCACCGGAAGACGAAGGGGGAUCAGAAGUUGUUUGA